CGCGCGACAGUCUAGUCGCAAGUCUUGCGCCGUCGUAUAUACACGCGCGCGCGCGCGCUCUCUCGCAUCUAGUACCGGCGUUCGCCAGUAGUAACGGACGGGCUCGGAUCGGCCCGCGCGAUACAGCCCUCUUUUCUCUCUCCGUUUGUUUAUCCCGGGAGAAGUGAGUGUAUGUGCACACGAACUGUCGGACAGCCGUCGCUAUUCGAUCUUUCUUUUCAUCUUGUGCGUUUGGGUAUAUAGUACAAAAGAGAGGAAGACUCCGCACACAAUCGAGAGAAAGAGGCGAGUAAAAGUGGAACAGUGAUGCUGUAAUGCAAUGCGGUAUUCUACGUGCGUUGCCGAGACGCGGGGAAUCGACAUGAUUUCCGACUGUCCGCCUUGAGCGGAAGAGGAUUUAUUCUCAGACGUGUCUACGUACGGUCCCUCGUGUGACGGAGUUUGACGCUGAAAAAAAAAAAAAAAUAGUGCUCUUGACUGGUGCAGCAACAGCAACAGCAGCCGGCGGCGGAAGGACGGUGCGACGCACCGACGAUGGAUUGCGCUCGCUGGGCCUCCACAAGAGAAUCAGCUAAGCUCCAGGACAUCAGAGUAAUCAAGUGCAGGAUAGGUGGCUCGUCGUCACAACUGAGGAGGCUCUCGUCAGCCCUUGGUCGAGGCUGAGUAUCAUCAGCGAGAGAUAGACAGUCUCGAUGCUGCUUCCGAGCAGUCCGGUGAUUAUCCUGGGAAACGCCUGCGCAAAAGAGUCCCGCAUCACUACGUGGUCAUUGACGAGAUGCCGCCGCAAGCGAGUCGCAGCUCGAAGCUGCCGCAGCUACUACUUGGAGGCCGAUGAGGUUACUGGUGCUGGCUGGGCGCUUUGGGAUGAUGCUCCGGUCAUCCGGUUAGAGUCGUAUGGAGGGGCCAGACUUAAUAAGCACAGAGAGCACCUGGCUUCUGAACCUGACGCCGCCGAUCGCGGUUGCAUCAGCCGCAGCCGAGCACAGCUCCGACAGCUUCUUCCGGGGAUUCCCCGGCAAGAAUUCGCCGUACACUACCACACGGGCAAUUCUACUAGCUCUGGUACUCGGAAGCAUAAUAAUCGGCACGGUAAUCGGCAACAUACUCGUCUGCGUGGCUGUGUUCCUGGUGAAGAAGCUGCGCAAGCCCUGCAACUACCUGCUGGUCAGUCUGGCAGUGAGCGAUAUCUGCGUCGCUCUCCUCGUUAUGCCAAUGGCCAUGCUCUUUGAGAUAAAGGGCAGUUGGUCCUUCGGACCCACCAUGUGCGAGAUCUGGGUCAGCUUCGACGUGCUCAGCUGCACCGCCAGCAUUCUCAAUCUCUGCAUGAUAUCCGUCGAUCGGUACUACGCGAUAUCAAAGCCGUUGGACUACGGCGUGAAGAGGACGACGCGUAGGAUGAUCAUCUACGUGGCCUUCGUGUGGCUGGGAGCGGCCUGUAUCAGCUUGCCACCACUGCUCGUCCUCGGCAACGAGUACACCGAGACGGAGGACGGCUUGUCGCAUUGCUCCGUCUGCCAGAACUUCGGAUACCAGAUCUACGCGACCCUCGGCAGUUUUUACAUUCCCCUCUUCGUCAUGAUACUGGUCUACUACAAGAUCUUCUGUGCGGCUCGGAAGAUCGUGCUGGAGGAGAAACGCGCCCAGAGCCACCUCGAGGCUUACUGUCACUUGGACAUAGAGCAACAGCUCCCGGCACCAAUUCUACAUCCGAAGGCCAAUUCCGACGGACAGACGAACCGCGUGACCUCGCCUACCGAGCAUCACCGCAGUUCCAGCGCGUCAACCACGUGCAGCGUGCACGCGGUCAAGUGCUUCGCGGGCGGUCCGCGCAAGAGCAACGAGUCCCAGUGUCCGAUGCUCCAGCCCUGCCUGGAAAAGCAGCCGAUCCUGGUAUCGGCGACGACGGUCACGACGCCGCUGACCGGCAGCAGCGUUCCUCGUCAGCCGGCCAACAGCCGACAGCGCAAACACGCCAACAGCACGAGCAGCGAGGUGAACUCGCCCCACAAGCAGAAGCGACUGAGGCUCCAGCUGGCCAAGGAGCGCAAGGCGAGCACGACCCUGGGCAUAAUCAUGAGCGCGUUCACCAUCUGCUGGCUGCCUUUCUUCGUCCUCACCAUGAUCCGCAUCUGUCUGAGCGAUCCAUCCCUCAUACCCGCAUCCCUGUCCAGCAUGUUCCUCUGGCUCGGCUACUGCAACAGUCUCCUCAACCCGAUAAUCUACGCGACCUUGAACCGCGACUUCCGCAAGCCCUUCCGGGAGAUCCUCUACUUCCGCUGCGGUAACCUGCAGCACAUGAUGCGCGAGGAGUUCUACCAGAGCCAAUACGGCGACCCGGUUAACAACUACGUCGUCAGGUCGACCAACGAGACGGUCACGACCGGCGCGACCUCGGCCGCCACCGCCGCUGCUGUCAGCGCCGCAGCGGCGGCCGCCGCUAACGCCACGAGGAUAGACCCCCACGAGAUCGACGUCGUCGACCUCACCUCGGCCAAUCCGCCCAGCGAGAGCUUUCUGUGAUCGGGCUCCACGGACUCUACUUCUUACUCUUGCGACGCUCGCGCGGCGUCAGGUAUACCUUAGGUUUUUUUAGGUUUAGUCGAUACGAGCGCGCUCGCGACUCCCUGCGUCGAGGCUUCGAGAAUUAUACCGGUGGCGGAUUUUUAUUCGCGCUCGUUAACUGCUGAUAUAGAGGGUGUUCGUACGGAAGAUCGUAAUUAGUCGGGGCUAGUGUCAUUGGAGAUUUAAUCUAUGAUAAUGCGUUCACCUCCGGUAUAUUAGAUAUUCGUCAUCAUUAUCGUCGCCGCCGCGGCUAUAUGCGUGCGCGUGGCGUGACUCUGGUGUAUUUGCAACGCGCGCAUGGAUUACUUAUUUCACCGGUUCUGAUGAGGAGCCAUUUAUUAGCAGUUAACGAGUUUCGCGUUCUGUCCUCCGAUGGGCGAAGAAGAUGCUUCUCAUUGCGUUUUCGAGAUCGUCGCGAAUGAUGUGUUGUAUACAAAGUGUAAAAUAAUUUAUACGAUAUAACUUUGUUUCGUUUUUUCGUAUAUUAGUUGCGUCAAUUAUAGAAAAAUAUUAGGGUUGAUCUAUGUAAACUGUUGAUUUGUUGAAGUAAUAGGAGAUAUAUUUUUAUCGAGCUGAAGCUAUGGUAUAUGCCGUUUGUUUGUACUAUUAUUUACGGGUACACGUAUCUAGAUUAUAUACUUGAAUUCUAUUCUCACUCCGUAGUACUGUAAGGUAAUAGCUUUAAAUACAACCACCGCCAGCAGACUGACAAAAAGUUUAAAACAGAGACGAGGGAGUCGAGAUAUUUGUAAUUAUGAACUGUAAACGAGCGUGUAAUGCUGUAACAACUGAACUAGGCGAAUUUAAUCGAGAGAGUAAAUAUGCGAGAAAUGUUUCGCUGUUAGCAAAAAAUAAAAAAAUUUUAUGAGCAGACUUACGUUCUCAUCCAGGAUCGUCUAUGAUUUUCGAUCGAAGCUACAAAUUUUCUCGAUAUAAACAAGAUAAUCAACAACUCUUCAAAAAGCUCUUCGUGAACGUAUUAAAGCUGUGAGAAAGUGGCGCGCGAUUAUCUGUGUCGUUUGACUGUGCUGAGUGAGUCGUUCCGCGGAACGAUUAUAUCGUCUGGAAGAGCUGUCGAAAAUUUCGAUAUUAAUGAUAAUUCAGUGUCGACAACUUUUUUUACAUAAGCAGACGUUAUACACAUAUAAAUAUUAUAAAUAUACGUAUAAGUGAGAGGCGAGAGAUCAGUGCAUGCGGGAUCCUCUUCUUCGUAGAUAAAUAAUAUAAUAUGAGCAGGCGCGGAGUAACAAAAAAAAAAUAAACUUUUUCAUGAUGUACAAGCGCAAAUACCGAAAAAAAAGUGAAAAAAAAAAUCCCAAAAAAACUGUCGUAGUUAGCGCACGCAGCCUCCUUCUCACUCGUAAUCGCAAGCUUCGCGCGGAAGUCUUGUAAAAAAAAAA